AUGAAGGUGCUGGCUUCUCUUCUGGCUGUGUGCGUGCUGGUAGCCGUGGUGACGGCGGCCCCCACCUGCCCGCAGUACGACGGCUCCACGCCCGUCUUCUUCCCUGACGAGAACGACAGCAGCAGCUUCUACGAGUGCAGCAACGGCAGGUCCGUCCACAUGGUCUGCCCCACUGGCACCGUCUGGAACUCCAACAUCAACACCUGCGAUUGGCCCCAGUCCAGGAAUCCAGACCUGACUACUCUUACUGUUCCAGUGCUGGCUUCUCUUCUGGCUGUAUGCGUGCUGGCAGCCGUGGUGUCGGCGGCCCCCAACUGCCCGCAGUACGACGGCUCCACGCCCGUCUUCUUCCCUGACGAGAACGACAGCAGCAGCUUCUACGAGUGCAGCAACGGCAGGUCCGUCCACAUGGUCUGCCCCACUGGCACCGUCUGGAACUCCAACAUCAACACCUGCGACUGGCCCCAGUCCAGGAAGUAG